ACCACUUGAAAAUAAUUGUUAUCCUUCGUGCGCCUCUUGUUUCCUACAUCAUGCAAAGCUAUCAACUUCAUCUUGGUUUACCGGAUUUUUCCCUUCCUUUUUCGGCUGGAAAAGGAGGAGGGGUUUAACUACCCUCGUAUCAUUUUCCGGCUUUGCUUUAGUCCUGUUUCUAAAUAACAUCCUGGGCAGCAUUGAUCGUCAUCUUGUUGCUUGCCUCUCGAUUAUCUCGUGGCUGGCAGUGCCAUACCUACCACAACGACACGUGAUGCUUGAUGGUUUCCGUAAAUAUUUGUAUUAAAAUUUAAUUCCCAAACAAUGUGUCUAAAAAAGGAGGGUUUUCCACUCGGUUGCUACUGUGCGGUGGGUUGUAUCCGUUUUGCGGUAGUGUGCGAUUAUCCCUGAGGGGUCUGCUCGUGGACUGCUAUGUUUCAGCUGCCGACCUGGGCGCGCAAAGGACGAACGUGGAGGACUGGAAAAUGAAGACGUACAUCAGGAAUAGGGAUGUAACUGAUAGGUACGUUUUGAAACAGACAGGCAGAGGAUCAAAGAUGAGGAUUUGAUAAAAAGAUGUACCGAGGUGCGUGUCCCGAUUAGUGCAUACCGUGUAGUCAUCCGGUGAGCAUUCUUAUCGAGCACAACGCUUUAGAACGUGUGAUCGCCAGUGCAGAAUGUCCUCGGAGUGUGCAAGCAUGGCUCAGUCGAGGCAAAGUGAUUUUAGUAUCGAACAUAUUCUUACUAAAGCAGGUGAUAAGUACAACCGUAAGCGGAGGAGGAUAGAGGAAACAUUUUCCUGCUCGUCGAACACCUCGCAAAGUCAUAGUGAUAGUGAUGAACCCGGUGUGUCUGAGGAAGACGAACAGAUCGUUGUGGAUAGUUUAGACCGGGCGGACAGUGCCCACCAAGCGAGUUAUCUGCAGAACUGCAUGCCAAGCUUCGAUUGGUUGUACUAUACGCGGUACCGGCCGCCGAAGCUGCCACGACCCCAAAAACCCGGCCCUGUGAAACGCACCCCCGGUCGGCUACCCCGAGUCCCCUUCACACCGUCCCAGCUGGGUGCCUUAGAAGAGGCAUACAAAGUAUCUACCUACUUGAGCUCGGAAGAAGCAAAUCAGCUGGCCUUCAGUUUAGACUUGACCAAUACCCGUGUAAAGAUUUGGUUUCAAAAUCGUCGAGCACGGGAUAGGCGAGAAAAACGCGAAAACAUCCUGGAAACAUCGGCAGCAGUAGUUGAUCUCACCGCUCCUAGUGCUCAGGCAGCACUGAAUACAGUUGGCCAUUUUGCGUACUUUCGCUCCGCGCCACAAUCGACGGCGUUGAGUUCAUGUUCGCCGACCGAAAUAAGACGGGGAGAAACGAAGAGUCCUAAAAGCGAGCCAUGUUUGCAGUUCAAGUGAAUUAUUAGCCUGAGAUAAAUUGUGAUAUUUUAUGUAAAUAGUUGAUCUACAG